GUUCAUGUGAUUUUAUUAGCACACCCAGUAAAAGCUUCACUAUAAAGUAAAUAAAUAGAGAUGCUCGAUGACUAGAUUUUAACAGGACACUCAGUAAUGUUAUUAUGAAUAAGGAACAUGUAUGCGCCCUCUUUAACUAAGUUACUGACGAUGAUCAUGAGGAGGCAGAGGUACUCUUAUUAUACUCUUUGGAUUAAAGAAACUGACGGAUGAGUAAAUGUCACUGCAGGGAGAUGAGAGGGUCUGCAAUACUUCCUAUCGGAGAAACCAAAACGGCAACAAACCCAUUGAAAUCGGUUAAAAACAAGCGUCUGGGUUAGCAUUAGCCGAUAUGCUUUUUUGGCAAAAGGAUGCUUGUCAUAGUGGCUUUGCUGAAACUGUCGCACAAAUAUAAAUAUGAGUGUCAGCAACUCCGAGGGAGGUGAAGAGAACCGAUGGACAUUAAAGGACCCAGUCUUUGACUGUUUUAGAGGCUCUGAUUAUGUUUUUGGGGUGUUAAACAAUGGAUGUUCAUGUUUGUAAUUUAAAAAACGCUUUAUAUUUCACAUGUUUCAUGUCUGUUGUUCAUCGCUGUCCCAUUUCUUCCGGUCAGCAUAUUCUGAAUAACAAGAGAUGCACCGAUUUAAAUUUUCUUUGCCGAUUCCGAUUUUAUUAUAAGUGCCGAUUCCGAUUUUAUUAUAAGUGCCGAUUCCGAUUUUAUUAUAAGUGCCGAUUCCGAUUUUAUUAUAAGUGCCGAUUCCGAUUUUAUUAUAAGUGCCGAUUCCGAUUUUUUAUCCACAAACUAUAAUUGACAGUAUAUAAAAAACAUUAACUUUUCUUCAAUACACAUUUUUUCAUAUUUUUUUUAUUAUCAUUACAUAAAUUAUUGAACAUAACAAUUUCCCCAUAUACAGUUCUACAACCUGCAUUAAAUUACAGAAUCUUCUCUUGCCCAAAUAACUCUUAAAUUGAAGAACUCUGUGACUGAAAAUAAGUAUAAAUAAUACAAUAUAACUUUACUUAAUCGACCUUUUUCAUUUUUGUACUCUCACAAAAGUCUAAGGUAACAAUAAAAUACUUAAUCUUUAUUCUUGUCUGUUUCUGUUUAUGAAACUAUCAUUGCUUUAUUUUUUUUUUUCUGAAAUGUAAAAGAACUUGUCUUUAUCUUGGAUUUGUAGUACUAAAAGAAGCUUUUAGCUGCCACUUCAAUAAAAAGAUAAAAAUCUUAUGAGUGAACUCUACUAUUAAUAUGUAUAUGUAUUUGCCCUUUUUUUGUAAAGAACUCAAUCAGAUAUAGAUCAUAAAUGUUGGUUGAAUGAUACAUUUAUAUAGUUUGGAUUUUUUUCCAACCAGGCAGUCACGAGCCUAAAUGAGCCGUGAAAGACACCAGUCUUGACGUUAUCACCCACGUCUCUGGCAACAUACGAUUGGCUUCGAAUCGGCAAGACGUGACAAGCAUUGUCAUGUGGUUGUCCUUCGUAAUUUUUUGCAAUCCCCGUCCUUGCCCUUAUUUUCCCUGCUUUUGUCUCUUUUCUCGUCUCAUCUAUUGAGAGACUCUCUCUGCACUGCUCUCCAAACUUGGAAAAUUAUGGAUAUCGGAGAUCAAUUGACAAUGAGGGUUGCCGUGACAUUUGGUAUACGGUUUCCCGACUAAACAAUCACAAUCUUAUCUUUAUCCAGCAAUUGGCCUUGGACAAGACCGCAGCUGGAAAAUCAACUCUGUGAGAGCACUGCAGUGAGACGCCCUUGCGUUCCUCCCCCACUCUACAGACUCAGAACUAUCACACACACACAUACAGACAUUGCCCUGACCCGAUCCCACUUCUCCGUAGCUUUGAACCACCAGCCUGAUAAGCGGGUCUGUGAGCGGUGUCGUAAUGGCACUGGAUCGGAUGGCUGCUUGCCAGAGCUGGAUUAUCUUCCCCUGUUGCAAGUCUUGUCUAUGGUGUAUUAUGUGUAUCUGUUUUUCUCACCACUUUCCUCAUGUUAUGUUGAAUUUAAAUCCAUUUCGUUACACUGUAUUUGAAUAUGUGUAAUGACAAUAGAUUGAAUCCAAUCCAAUCAAAUCCCCAAAAAACGCUUUUGACAGGUCUGUUUCUCUGACCCACACAGAGAUCAAGAUUUACAAAAGAGAAGAGUGCAGACAUGAGUAACACAGAGCCAUGCAGAAUAAUAAAUGAAGAUACUGGAGAACAAAGAGAUGCAAUGAAAGUGGAAGAAAUCCUGACAAAAAAUACCUUGAUAAAAAAGGACCCUAAUGAUCACACGAAACAUCACACCAGAGAAAAACCAUACACAUGUCCUCAGUGUGGAAAGGGUUUCACACACAAACAGAGUCUUAAAAAACACAUGAUAUCUCACUCUGGACAAUUGCCAUACACAUGUCCUCAGUGUGAGAAGGGUUUUCCAAGCAAAGGAAGACUUACUUUACACAUUAAAAUGCACAUUGGAGAACGUCUGUACGUUUGUCCUCAGUGUGAAAAGAGUUUCAGACGAAAAAGUCAUCUUGAGGAACACAUAAGAACUCACACCAAAGAGCUUCCAUACACCUGUCCUCAGUGUGGAAAGAGUUUAGCAGGAGGACUUAAAUCUCACAUGAGAAUUCACACUGGAGAAAAAUCAUACGCAUGUCUUCAGUGUGAAAAGAGUUAUACAAAAAAAGUUCAUCUUGAAUACCACAUGAGAACUCAUACUGGAGAGCGGCCGUACGCAUGUCCUCAGUGUGGAAAGAGUUUCACAACCAAAGAUUCUCUUAAGGUCCACAUGAGAAUUCACACUGGAGAAAAACGAUACGCCUGUCCUCAGUGUGAGAAGUGUUAUACAAGAAAAGUUCAUCUUGACUACCACAUGAGAACUCAUACUGGAGAGCGGCCAUACGCAUGUCCUCAGUGUGGAAAGAGUUUCACAACCAAACAUUCUCUUAAGGUCCACAUGAGAAUUCACACCGGAGAAAUAAGAUACGCCUGUCUUCAGUGUGAAAAGAGUUAUACAAGAAAAGUUCAACUUGACUACCACAUGAGAACUCAUAAUGGAGAGCGGCCGUACUUAUGUCCUCAGUGUGGAAAGAGUUUCACGAUCAAACAUUCUCUUAAUGUCCACAUGAGAAUUCACACUGGAGAAAACCCAUACGCCUGUCCUCAGUGUGGAAAGAGUUUCUCAAGAAAAGAUUCUCUUGAAAACCACAUGACGACUCAUACUGGAGACCGGCCGUUCAUAUGUUCUCAGUGUGGAAAGAGUUGCGCAAGAAAACAUAACCUUGAACGUCACAUUACAUCUCAUACUGGAGAGCGCCCAUACGCAUGUCCUCAGUGUGGAGAGAAUUGCAAGACCAAAAAAUCUCUUAAUGUCCACAUGAGAAUUCACACUGAGAAGCGCUCAUAAACAAGUCCAACCCGGUCUCAUACGUGUCACUCUUCACAACUUUUUUUCGUGUCACCAGCACGCAUUUCAAUAUACAGACCACGUGUGUAUGUACGUUUAUACAAUGUGAUUUGAAAAGAAAUAAUAAAUAUUUGAGAUUGAAAGUCGUGCUGACUGGCACAAAAAAAGGGACCACGAAUGAAUAGAUUACAGUUUGUUACAGUGUGAAGGAUUUCAACAAGACUGUUGUCAUGUCUCAUGAGUGUAGAAAGUGUGUCACAGCGUCUCCGUUCACACGUCAGUCUUUAGGAUUGUCUUUACAGAUGUGAGUCUUCAAACGUUCUGUUCACACAGCAGCUCACAGCUGAAUGACUGUCUGUAUUCUAUUCCUGUGUGACUCCUGUAAUCACAGUGAUGGACUUUCAUUUGACUGGUAUUAUUUUUUAUUGACUUGGUAUUCCAAUUAAAGUUGUUUAUUCCAUACUCUGACAACAAUAAUAAAUACAUUACACCAUAU